GAAACGAAACUUAUCUUGUUACACUGUCUGCAGGGAGCCAUGGCUGCAGCAGGGAAUCCUUUGAAGAGCCUCCGAGAUGAAGCUACUUGCUCCAUUUGUCUGAGUUUUUUCAAGGAUCCAGUGUCUUUAGAUUGCGGGCACAAUUUCUGCCAAGCCUGCAUCACCCAGUGCUGGGAGGGACCAGAUACAGACAUCUCCUGCCCUCAGUGCAGAGAGACCUUUCCCCAGAGGACCCUGAGGCCGAACAGACAACUGGGGAACAUGGUAGAAAUCGCCAAGCAGCUGAGUGUCCCAGCAGCAGCAGGAGGAGAUUUGUGCAACGCGCACCAGGAGCCUUUCAAACUCUUCUGCAAGCAGGACCAAAUGCUCAUCUGUGUGAUCUGCAGGGAGUCCCAGGCGCACCACGCUCACAGGGUGGUCCCUAUAGAGGAGGCUGCCCAGGAGCACAAGGAACAAAUUCAAACUCGACUGAACACCCUGAAGCAAGAGAGAGAAGAACUUCUGGAGUGGAAACAGGAUGGAGAGAAGCAAAGCCAGGAAUAUCUGGGAAAGAUAGAAGCUGAGAGGCAGAAGAUUGUGUCUGCAUUUGCGCAAUUGCUGCAGUUCCUGAAGCCAGCACAACCCCUGCUGGCCCAACUGAAAGAGCUGGACAAGGAAAUUGUGAAGAUACAGGAUGAAAAUGUCACCAAACUGUCUGAGGAGAUUUCCCAUCUCAGUGACUUGAUCAGUGAGCUAGAAGAGAAGUGUCAGCAGCCAACAAGCCAGUUCCUGCAGGACAUCAAAAGCACCUGGAGCAGGUGUGAGAUGGUGAAGUUGGAAAAACCAGUGGCCGUGCCAGAGGACCUGAGAGAGAGAGUCGGCGUCUCUUCCCAAGGAAAUGUUUGUCUACAGGAGGCUAUGAAGAAAUUCCAAGAGACCCUGCCCUAUCAACUGCGCUUUCUGAUCUCAAAGGCAGAGAAAGAGGUGCAGGCCACUCCGGAUCCAGAAGUGGUAACUCCCUGUUCCAUCGUGUCCACAGAUGAGAGUGUGAUACAGAAAUACCAAGAUGUGGGAUACUCAGUGCCACAGAAUAGGUUUUACCCUGCUCCCUAUGUGCUGGGCUAUAAGGGCUUCACCUCAGGGAGAUGUUACUGGGAAGUGGAGGUGGGGAACAAAAAUGACUGGCUUUUGGGCAUUGCCAAAGAGUCUGUGAUACAUGAGGGAGCGAUAAGCUGUACACCAGAGGAGGGGAUCUGGGCUUUGCAGAAUACAAGAUUUCAGUACUGUGCCCUCACCUCCCCUAAGACUGCUCUGGACCUACAUCGUAGACCCAGUAACAUUGGGGUUGAUCUGGAUUAUAAAGGACAGACAGUUACAUUUUAUGACAUUACAUCUUCUGGCAGAGAGACAAUCUUUACUUUCACAUCUUCUUUCACUGGGAAGAUCAUCCCCUUCUUUGGGAGCCGGCGUGUAGAAUUUCAGAGUAGGGGCAGAUAUGGUCAUUGGUAGGCAUACCGUUAAGACCUGUGACAGAGGAUCAGGGAUCACUCGAUAUGAGAUAUCUAAAGUAGAGCAAAGACAUGGGUAAUAUAUAAAUUACAGCUAUCACACUUUGCCAUUCUAAUCACAGUCUUGCCAGCCUCAAGCAUUCAAAAACUGUGUCAGCCCCCCCACAAUCAUGGGAUUGGCUUAAACAUCUUUUUAUAUAUUAUGUUAUUUUUCUUUGCCUUCUGGUUUCCCAGCUUUCAGGGUGUUCUUGUUUCUGGUUUUCAAUCUUUGCUACACCAACAUGAAGGCUGGAAAUGUAUCUGUAAUAUAAUCUGAGCUCCCUCAAAUCUAUCUACUCCAGCAGCUGGGACUUUUAAGAAAAACACUGAGUGCUGCAAGACUCACAAUAAAAUGGUGAGGGAGAACAAGACUGACUUGCUCAGCAUUAUACUGGUGAAAGGAGUUUCUCAGCCAACUUACAUGCCUUUCUCUGUAACUCUGGGAUCCUCCAGACACACAUGAACUGGCCAACCAGCAGACACCAGGAGUCACUCUCAGGGUCACAGCAGAGCCUGUCUGUCUUAGGGCAGGUCUACACUUAAAAUACUGCACCUGCGCUGUUGCGCCCCUGUAAUGCUUAAGUAAAGACGGUCCUAUGCUGACAGGAGAGCUGCUCCCAUCAGUGUAGUUAAUCCACCUCUGUGAGAGGCGGUAGCUAUGUCCAGGGGAGAAGCUCUCCCAUCAGUGUACCGCUGUCUACACCGGGAGUUCAGUCGGUACGCCUGCGUUCACUGAGGGGUGUGGAUUUUUCACAUCCCUGAGCGAUAUAGUUCUACCAAUGGAAGUCUAUAGUGUAGACCUGGCCUAAGUUCUGACUCACUUAGGGUCAUCCAUCGAAGUCCUCUGCUCUUUACUUAUGAAUAUAAAAAACAUAGUGGUGUUUCCCUCUCCCUCCAGUUCCCUAGCUCAAUGCUCCUAUUUUGCUCUAUUUGGUUAUUUGGAUGCUGUAGAUUCAAAUGAGUAAAUUCACAGAAUAAAGUUUAUUUCUAUCUU